CGACGGGACUCUGAAUAAAAAUGGAACGGAGAGAUGAAUAUGAUGUGAAUCCGCUUUACGGGAAUGAUUUUGAUAAUGCAUCAUUAGAGGCUCAAUGCGCAGACUACGCUUACCGGAACGUUAAAUACAAUUCUGAUGGCACCCACGAUCAACAAUCUACCCGAUAUCACGACUCGGACGCCGGCCAAGUUUGGGAUGAAGACGGAGUGGAAACUGAGCAAUUUUUGGAACAGAGACAACAUUUGGGGAUCACUCGUACCAAUGAUCAGUACCUUGACCCACAAGAUGAUCAGUAUCAAGACAAUCACACGUACGAAUCGGAUAUCUUUCACCGAUCGCGUAAUCCCCCUUAUAGGGUACAACGUUACGCCGCCAACGUACGUGAACGUAAACGAAUGAUGAGUAUCAAUGGUGCAUUCGAGGAGUUGCGUUACUACGUUCCGACAUUUCCGUAUGAGAAGAGACUAUCCAAGAUCGACACUUUAAGGUUGGCGAUAAGCUAUAUAACGCUACUCCAGGAGAUGCUGAUGACUGAGAAAAGUCCAGUAGAAUAUGUUGAAGAGAGCCUCAAAGCCAGCUCCCAGAACAGAGAUACUUUCAUCUGGAACACCAGUGAUCUAACAGCAAGACUAACGUGGAUCAAAUGGGAGCAGUUGGGUGUAUCUGAGAGACCGUACAUUCAAAUAAAUGGACUAACAACUGAUUAGAGCAAAAAUGUAUUUCGACUAACACUACUAACCUAGACUCAAAAUGGUGCAGCAUUAUUUAUUAGUUUUUUAAUUAGUUAUAAAUAGCUAUAGUACGUUUGUACAUUUGAUGCAGAUGAAAACUUAAGUGAGAGAAAGCUAAAAUUGCCGGUUCAGAUUUUAGGAGAAUCUCUAUCGCAUCCAGAUGACGUGAACCACGGUCUUACUGUAAUUGUAUGUGAUUUGAAGGAGAAAUUAAGUUGAAUAA